CCUCCUCGUCGGGCGCCAUGGACAUGCGGCGGCCGGGGCGGCCCAGCAACAGAUUGGACUUGGCGGGGAGCGCCCGCUGAGCGGGAGGCUGGUCCCUGCUCCCGGUCCCGCGCUCCCUCCUCCUGCUCCCCGAGCGGCAUGAAGACGAGCCGCCGCGGCCGAGCCCUGCUGGCCGUGGGGCUCAACCUGCUGGCGCUGCUCUUCUCCACCACCGCCUUCCUCACCACGCACUGGUGCGAGGGCACGCAGCGGGUGCCCAAGCCCCACUGUGGCAAAGGCAAGAAGGCCGACUGCCUGGGCUACGCCGGCGGGAACGGGACGGCCAACGACACCGGCCCCGACGCGGUGCACUACAGCUGGGAGACGGGCGACGACCGCUUCCUCUUCAGGUCCUUCCACACCGGCAUCUGGUACUCGUGCGAGGAGAACCUCAACGGGCUGGGUGAAAAAUGCCGAAGUUUUAUUGACCUGGCUCCAGCAUCUGAGAAAGGUGUCCUUUGGCUGUCGGUAGUUUCAGAGGUCUUGUACAUCCUCCUCUUAGUCGUUGGAUUCAGUCUUAUGUGCCUAGAGCUCUUCCAUUCCAGUAACGUGAUCGAUGGGCUCAAGCUAAACGCCUUUGCUGCUGUCUUCACUGUGCUGUCAGGUAUCAUAGGACAUUAUGGCAACGGGGAAAACAAUUCUUACUCAUUAUGUCUGCUGGGCUCCCUGACAACAUGCGGAGACCUGGGGAACGCUGGAUCAGACCAAACGGUAGCUGCCAGCGGAGGCGAGAAGUCACACUGCUCAUGCUGUCUCUACUCCUGGAAACUCCAUAAGGCUCAUACCUUUGGUCUACUGGGAAUGGUGGCUCAUAUGAUGUACACUCAAGUUUUCCAAGUUACCGUCAGCCUUGGACCUGAAGACUGGAGACCACAUUCAUGGGACUACGGAUGGUCCUUCUGCCUGGCGUGGGGCUCCUUCACGUGCUGUAUGGCAGCCUCAGUCACCACCCUGAACUCUUACACCAAGACUGUUAUCGAGUUCCGACACAAGCGCAAGAUCUUUGAACAGGGCUUCCGGGAGGAACAGACCUUCAUAGACCCUGAGGCUAUAAAGUACUUCCGGGAAAGGGCUGCAGAACACUCACCUUUAAACGCUACUAAAGCGCAAAGAAACCCAGGUGGUCGCGUGGGCCAGCGAUCAUCCCGGUUUCCUCCAACGGACUCCCCCGGCACCACGUCGGAUGGUACCUCACCUUCAGAGCCCGCCAGCAAGAGCUCUGCAGAGCAGGGCCAAGUUUCCCUAGAAGCCAUCUGCAUCGUGAGGACCUUCCCUUUGGCACCCAAACCCCGGCUCCUGGGCAGCAGAAGCCCGAGACCAAUCCCAUCGGGCAACUCGGCCUCAGCCGCUCCGAGGUUCAGUUCAGCGACCAGCCCCGCUGACUCGAGGGCUUCCCAAGUAUCCGGCCCAGCCAGUUGGAGGUUCAGUCCGGGUUCCAGUCCGGAAAAUCCAAGCCCCUACCCAGCGUCCAUCCCAGCCAACCCCAGACCUUAUAUAGCAUCCGGCUCGACCAACCCAAGGUCCUGCCUGCUGUGCAGAGGAGCCAAUCCCGGGCUCAGUCCAGUUCCCGGUCUACCGCAUUCCCGGGCCUAUCUUUUACCCAGCGUGGCCGACCCGAAGUCCCAAACCCCAACCAACUCCAUCAGCCCAUCCAUGAGCUCGGCAUCCAGUCCGGACCACCCAAGGCUGAGCCCAGGCUCCUCGGACUCGCAUUCUCCUCUGGCAGUGCAAAACUUCAAUGUUCCAGGCCACACGUCGGUUUCAAGUAGCAAAAGCACAAGGCCCGAUGAGACUCUAACCUUCUGGAGUCAUUCCCAGAGACCUGAGCGAGCCCCUCCCAGAGCAGAGCCGGCCGACAGAGCUUCGAGUGAAACAGAAGAUGACAUCGUGCGCAAGAGGAGGUUUGUAACUCUGAAGCAGUUUCAAGCCAUGGAGCAAGAGGUGCAGGACAUCCGAGAAGAACUGAAAUGCUUGAAGCGGGAGGUCUGGCCCCAGGGUGACCGGCUGCCACCUCCGGCUGGGGACGGGAAGCCGAACCCGGGGCCCGGCCUGGCUGAGCUCAGGGCCACGGUGCAGGGCCUCCCACAGAACCCUCGCUGAUCUCUUCGGCCAAGCGGUAGCCCGUUGCCCACGUUCUGACCCGUCACGCCAAGUUCCCGCGGCAGCGACGCAUCGACCCCGAGCGGGGCACCGCGGCCCGGCACCUUGCGGAGGGCUCGCUCCCCGGCACCGGCAGCCAGGCUCCGGAGGGAAAGACUCAGCACCUACACUCACGAACCUAGAGAGGCGGCCAACGUGGAGACAGAUGUGUCUGCUACCAACGUGAACCCGCGGGACUUGUCUUGUUUCUCUUUCCUUUUCGAAGUAGAGUGUUUAUCAGACCCAUUCCAUUUUGACGUGUUCGAUUCAGGUUUCGAAGGCAUCCGUGCUUGCUCUCGCCUAAGAGGGCCCACAGCUAAUGGGAAACGAUUGGGAAGGGAGAUGGGGUCCGGGGUCUCCUUCCAGCCCCUGUGAGGGCUGGGGGAUCCCUCCCUCCUUUUCCUCCCUCCCGUCCCCCCAUAAACAUACAUACAUGUUGCCAGCGAAACAUGGGGAAAUACUGUGUGUGCUGAAAACAAUGGCCACCUCUCAUUUUCCAGUUUUCCUAAGAAACUCUCUAAGAGUGUAAACCGGUUGACGGAAAUAAGGAACAAGCUAAACUGAUCCUUUAAUAGACUUUCCCACUCAGUGGAUCAGGUGGGCACCAAAUUCCACACUAGAAACCCACCGCAGGGAGGAUUCCAGGGACAGUGAAGGAAAGACAUUGCCAAACAGGUGGAUUAUGGCCAUUCACUGGACAUCCAGGGCCAAAGGGGAGUCAGGGGAAGGGCUGGAAGUCCUCUGAACCGGGUGGUCAAUGCGGAAGAAAUGGGAGAUAUGAGCAGAGAAACUCAGCGUACCUGUCUGAAGGUCUCAUUGCUGUAACUAUCGCUCCCUUUAAAAAAAGAGUUGAAAGAAAAGAGGGAGUGGAAACUUAAGGGCAGAUGAAGAGAUAAAUGAGUUUGAAUGGGAAAUUUCUGAAGGCAAGAAAGGCGUCAAAAGAAUAAGAAAUUGAGUGCUAGAGAAUAAAAUUUGGUAGAACACAA